AGCGUCGCUCAGAGGAAGAAGAAGCCGAUUCUGGAAGCCAUUACGUUGCGCACUUAGAUUAAGUAAAUCGAGUAAAUCCUAGUAUUUUGGCGUACAAUACGCACAAUUACCUGCCUUAAGAAUAGUGCGGGAAUGGCAUCGCUUGCAAAAAAAAGAAAAAUGAAUUUCUCAGACAGGGAGAUGGAAAUAAUAGUUGAGGAAAUAGAGAAACAAAAGCAUACACUGGUUAACCAUUUCAAUGCUGGUGUCACACACAUGGCAAAGAAUCAAGCAUGGGUGGAUAUUCUGAAAAAGGUGAACGCUGUGACUACCUGUCCCAGAGAGUUGGCAGAGGUAAAAAAGAAGUGGUCUGACAUGAAGACUGAGGUACGACGAAAAGUGGCCCAAGCACGGGCGGCUAUCGAGGGGACGUCUUCAGACUGUACUCCUGUCCCCGUCAUCCUCACGGCCAUGCAGCAGAGGAUCUGUAAUCUUCUGGGAGAGGCCACAAUCAUCAGCAUACCUGCAGGGGACUCGGAUGCUGAGAUCACUUUACCUGUGACCGCCGCCACUGCUGUCACACUCACAGAAACUGUACCUGCUGGCACAGCUUCUGUAUGUGACGAUGACUCAAAGUCUAUAAAUGUAGAAGCCACAUACCACUCACUGGAGGACGCAGGGGUUGGAGUUGUAGAGUACUGCACCACCACAGUAGAGGGCGCCACUCCCACCAUGGUGACUGCAGUGGAGGCUCCGGUGGAGAUGCUGGGCUCCUCCGAAUCACCACAGCCUCAAACUCCAGCCAAACCUCAGGAGCUGAAGAGUCGCAUCGCUCUGAACUCUGCACGCCUGCUUCAGGAGCAGCGUGUCACUAAUGUGCACAUCAGACAGAUCGCACAACAUCUGGAGGGCCAAACUGAGCUGCUGCAGAUGAUGAGACGUUCUCAGGAGGCCCAGGCAUUUGCCCAGGAAAGACAGGCACAGGCUCUGGAGGGGACACAGGCUGCUCUUCUGGCUCUAGUCCAGAUGCUCAGACCUGCUCUGAAGGACCUACGCAAAUAUCUACAGAGUGGGACUGAUGUGACAAACAGCAGCAGCACUGUAGGAACUGGGAUAGUCGAUGGGGCAGGACCAGAAGAACAAAACAGGCCCAAAACACCGCCUCCCCCCACACAACAAAGUGAUGAAAAUCAGUAGAUUGGUGC